CCUGCGCUGUGAUUUAAAGCUCAGCUGCAUCUGAGGCUGCAGGGAGCAUCUCCUUUUUUCCACUUCCAUCACGUUCACUUGAUUGAAUGGGAUUUUAUGUAACAGUGACUAGGGAAUUAAUGUCACAGGAGGACCGCAGGCAUCACAGCCAGUGAUGCACACACACACAGACAGACAUGGAGGCGUGCACAGGGAAGCUUCUGCAGUGAUCUUGUUCUGGCGAUGCUGAAGCCGACUGAUAAAGAUGCAGUUCUGCAGAAAGGUGCUCUGCCAGCCGUGUAGCGCCAGGGUCACUUCGCCAGAGGAGGACAUGGAAUACAGGAUGGGGAGCUGCAUUGGAAUCUCACACAAGCAGACUGAUGCAGAGAGUCUUAGCGGGAGGGAGAACCAGGCACUGCUGACCGAAGCCUCCACCUGCCGACCCAGCCUUCUGUCUCAAUCAGUCCUCCCAGAGGUCCCAGUCAUCACUGGAGUGGAGGAAGACAGAGGAGCUGUGAGCGAGGAGGACAAGGAGGAGCUGGAGUUUCCUCAUGAUCUGCUCCCCAGUUUGGAUUUCAGCAGUGAACUGAACAUCUGGGAGUCCUCACUGGGAGCUCAUUCUAGCUCUGAAGGGAGAAAAUGUGAACAGGUGAACCCCCUGCUGGUGGGCCUGCAGCAUAACAUGGAUGUCGGUGGAUCACUGCUGGUUUUAGAUGGAAGCCCACUCCCAUCUCUGGACUCUCCUCAGGUUGAUUUUUUAACUCCCAGUGAGGAGAUAGCUUCUCCACCGAGAUCCGAGGACACAGUCCCACCAGAAGAAGCAGAAGAAAAGGCAGCACUGAGCUCAUGUCUGAGUGCUUUGCAGAGGCCAGUAAAUCUUCCUCAACCUUUAGAAAAGGUCGUACCUUCUGAACCAACAAAACAUACAGCCAAUCUGACAACAAAGACUGAGAUUCAAGAAGAAUCAUCUGAAAAACCAAAAUCCUUAGAGUCAGAAUCAUCUCAAAAGCUUUUAAACUCUGAUAGGGAACCUGUCGAAGGGGCAGGAGAGCAGACUAAUAUCUUCAUACCUGCUCAAGAGACCAAAGGGACCCCAGAACAAACAAGAGAUGAGGUAGAAACAAGAGAAAGAGGACAUGUAGAAGAUUUACAACGAAACAAGUCAAGAGCCGAGACUGCAAUACAAGAAGAGGAGUUAGAAGAGCCAAAUGAAAAACCAACAAAGGUCCUUCCUGUAGAGACCUCUGAAGUCCCAGCUGGGGAAUCUGAAGUGUCACAAACAGUUCAAGAUCCCCCUACAAAGCUUCAGGACAGUGGGCUCUCCCUUGCUGAGCAGACAGAGAGCAGCCACCCUGCCCCUGCUUCUCCCUCACCUCCCUCCGAUGACCCCUGCACUGCACACCUCCCUGCCAUCCCUCCUCACCUCCACAAAACCACAGAGUCUCCUCCUCACCCAUCCUUGGAGAGCGACACACUUCCAUCCACCCCGCCUGCAUCCCCCUGCAUCCCUACUCCAGUCCCUGCAGACCAAUGUACUCUUUCUACUGAUAAUUGUGAGGACCUCUACCCUGUUUCUGCACCCUCCCAAGUUCUGUUAAGGAGCUCAGAUUCUGAUGGUGCUUUUGAAACUCCUGAAUCUACAACCCCAGUGAAGGUCGUUACUCCUCCUGAACCACAAAGAGAGCAGCCAGAAUCUGAUGACAAAUGUGUAAACGGCUCUAAAGGCGAUCUUACUUCGGACCUCACUGCAAGAGAUGCUCUGUGUCACUCCCCAUCCAUUGUUUUUGAUGAGAACAAACCCAUUGCUGCCAGUGGGACAUAUAACUUUGAUUUUUUCGCUGCUGAGCCGACGAGCCACACUCUGACUCGCUCUCUUAGCCUCCAGAGUGGAGAACUUGAUUGCUCGGGUCUAGUGGAAGGAGCAGCAUCAGGAGAUUUCCGUCAACAUUCGGAGUCUUUUAGCGUAGGCACCGAGAACACCUCAGGAAAACUCCGGAGACCUAAGAAAGUCAGUCCUGGUUCGGUAAAGAAGAAGCCCCUUCUUAGACAAAACUCCAACCCUGACAGUUCAAAGCCAGCCUCAUCCAGUAGCACCCCAGAAACUACAAAGCGAACAAAGUCACGGACUGCUAGCCCUCUUCUGACUCAGGAGGAUCCAGAGGUUUGUUCUACAACGCCAAGUCCUGCAGGAACUCUCAGGAGAACCAGAAAGAGCCGUGUUGAAACUCCACCUCCACUUCUGGAAGAAACUAUUCAGACCUGCCAAGAGCAGAGCAAAGGGAAAGACCCUGUGUUACCCUUGUGUCAGGAGGAAGCCCCUCCUGUAGAGACUGUAGCAGACAAAGACAACUCUCCAAUCCCGCCUAGUGCCUCAUACAAAUGGGAUCCUGACAACUUUGAGAACAUUGACCCCUUUAACACUGGGGGUAGUAAAAUAGCCAAUUCUCCUGUUCUGGGUCGUAAGGGUCCUAUUUGUGGCUCUGCAUCCAGUCCUCCUCAGAGUCCUGCUGUGGUUGCAGAACCACAUUGCCGAACUGCCACAGCCUCUGUUGAAGAGCUACCUACUAAUCCUGAGGAGCAACCCAUUUUAGCGAAGCGUCAGCCAGUCAGACUGGAGUUUGAUUACUCUGAGGAGAGCGGUGAGGCGUCACAGCAAGCCUCUCCUCCACCUAAGAAAGUUGGUAAGAAGCCUCCCACCAAGAUGCUGUCAAGGAAACCAAAGCUGGGGCUAAAAAAAGCCCAUCCAGUACAGGUGGAGCAACUUGACAACAACACCUCUGCAAAUCACAACGGAUCGGAUGAAAUCCCCAUUCCCAAAGUGUCAUACAACAUUGAACCAGACAAGUGGGAAGAUCCAAACUUCAAUCCAUUUUCUUCAAAGAAAAGUAUCUCCAACUCCCCUAAAUCGUCCAGGCAUCCAUAUACCUUUGAUCCUAACACUGAUGAGUCCUCAAACCCCUUUAAAUCCUCCAACAAAAUGGCCUGCUCCCCUCCCAGAGUGUCGGCCCCCUUGGAAAUGUCAUCAAAUGACUAUGAUAACGAAAACGACAACGACAACAUUGGGGAAUUGGAGGACCAAAACCAGAACAAACCAGCUAAGAAGAAGAGAACUCCCCUAAAAUCUAAUACUUUCAGAGUCAAGAGAUCUCCAAAGAAAUCCCCAAUGUCUGACACAUCCCAGGAUCCCACAUCUGCGGAUGAAUCUCCUUCUCUUCACCAACAGGAUGAUCACGCCACAGACGAGGAGAAGCUGGCCUCCUCCACCAGUCAUAAGUGGGCGGCCCACCAUGACAUGGACCAGGAUUUAAACACUGACCACCCAGACUUCCCCCAGCCCUGCGACGUUACGACUUUCGUAAAUGAGAACAGUCUUCCUCAGGAGAAUCCAGUCCAGGACUAUGAAAUUGAGUACAUGGAGAAGAUUGGCUCUUCUUCCCCUCCACUGUCUAUCAAAAAGCCCUCUCUGUACUUGAACUUGGAUUCGGUAUCUGACAGUUUAACCCAAACUACACAUGGACAUGGAUCUGAGCCCAGUUCCCCCUGCACUGGGAGUUUUGAGGAAAUGGAAGCUAAGAUAUCCGCCGGCAUGAAGACGCCAGUUUUGAGUCCGAGGCCCGGUCCAGAGGGCUAUGCUGUGGACAAGGGCAGGAAGAGAGAGAGUGAAGUGCUCAGUCGAACCCAGAGUAUAGAGAGGGAGGAACAGCCCUCUAGCAAGGGCCCUGUGGAGGCCCUCCCUGCAGCCCCAGCCCAGGCCAUGCCCCUGUUGUUAGACAGGCUGUCUGAGUGUGAGGAUCCCCUGCAGUACCUGGAGCCUGACCUGGCUGAGACCAACCCAACUGCAUUCGCUCAAAAACUACAGGAGGAGCUGGUGCUUGCUGCCCUGAGGUUAGAGGCUCUGCAAGUAGCCCAAAGCAUCUCCCAGUGCCCCUCCCUCUCCACUGUAUCCCCCCAGCAGCGGGACAUGUUGUCUUCUGCAGAGAGCUCCAUACCCAAGAGCUCACUAUAUGCCAAGAAGACCAUCGGCAGCAGCUACAUGGAAGGAGACAGUCCUCAUCUGCCAAGAGAUCUUGACCAGUCGUUGGAUAUUGCACGAGAGGAGAUUGUGUCAAAGGAGAAGGAGGUACUGGAGUGGCAAAGGAAGUAUGAGGAAAGUCGGCAGGAGGUGGUGGAGAUGAGGAGGAUUGUUGCUGAAUAUGAGAAGACUAUUGCUCAGAUGAUAGGCAUGCCAGAGGAUGACCAAAAGGAGAAGUCUCUGUCCCAUCACACCAUCCAGCAGUUGAUCAUAGAGAAGGACCAGGCCUUGGCCGACCUUAACUCAGUGGAGAAGUCCUUGGCUGACCUCUUCCGCCGUUAUGAGAAGAUGAAAGAUGUGCUAGAAGGUUUUCGCAAGAAUGAAGAAGUACUGAAGAAAUGUGCUCAGGAGUAUCUAUCCAGAGUUCGGAAGGAGGAACAGCGAUAUCAGGCUUUGAAGAUCCACGCUGAAGAAAAACUAGACAAGGCCAAUUCAGAGAUAGCACAGGUCCGAUCCAAGGCAAAGCAGGAGCAGGCUGCCCACCAAGCGAGUCUAAGGAAGGAGCAGAUGAAGGUGGACUCUUUGGAGCGCACUUUGGAGCAAAAGAACAAAGAGAUUGAAGAGUUGACAAAGAUCUGUGAUGAACUGAUUGCCAAAAUGGGGAAGAGUUAGCAGCUUCAUUGCAAACCAGGAGUCGUAUGAACAUGAAGUUGAUCACUGUUGCGAGAAUCAAUGGACAUCUAAGGCCAAAGAGGUCUCUGGGUUUCACUUCUUACUGAGUCUCCAGAAAUAUGACCUCCUUUUAAUACUCUGUACAUUUUUGAUGUGUCAGUGUACCGUACUGUAGCCUAUCAGGGGUGUGGUUCAAAGUUUUAGAAAAUCUAUCAUAUCAGUGAUGAGUGUUGUGUGUGCGUGACUGUGUGUGCGGUGAUGAAAAAGCGAAAGGAUUAUUGUGUGUUAUAUGAUGUUGCCAUGACAUCCACUGAGGGAGAAGACUGUUUACCUGUUCCUGUUAGAUUCACCUCUUGAUGCAAGAUUAAGGUAGAUUUUGAAAAACAAAAAUAAGCCACAGAUGUUUAAAUUAAUUUGUACAGUCUUAAAACACUUAGAACAUGACCCAAACCAUCACAAUAGACUUGCAUGUAGGAGAGAAGGAAAACCUUGUAAUGUUGUUGUUUGUAUAUAGUGUACUGUGGAAUAUCCAAGUAUAAAACAAGAACUGUCUGCAUUUUGAUAUAGUUUCUCUGUCACCCUCAUCCUGCUGCUUUCAUCUAAGCAUUAUCUAUCAUACUUAUCAUAGAUUUUUUUUGUUAAAUUGUUGGACUUUUAUUUUAUUUUGGGGGAAUUUAAUUUUGAUAUUAAAGCAAACUAAUUGUGUCUGUAUUCAGUUUUGAGCAGGAGCGUUUUUAUUUUUAUUUUGGACGCCUCUGUCUUGCAGUGAUCAUUUUUCACUGAGGAAUGUUUUAUCCUCUUCACAGCUACUGUACAGCAUCAGCUUUCAAAGUGCAAUAAAAGAUGGCAAU